AUGGCGUCAGGUGAAGGCGUUCUGAUAUGUGCUCUUGUAAUUAUCACGAUUUUUACGGUUAAUAAAGCCCAAUUUAUAAGCAGUGAUUGCAUUGGAAUAAUGAUGAAUGAUUCUGCUGAGGUUGUAUCUACAAACGAAACGCAUACAUACUCAUCGCUGUGGAAUAUUCGAGCUUACUUUAGCAUUUCAUGUCGUAAGCAAAGAGUAAAGGCAAUGAUUUUCCUUCUACUAUUGUGUGGUGAUAUUGAAACCUGUCCAGGUCCUUCGAAUUGCUGUAAUUGUCAGAAGAUUAUUAGAAGUAACCAAAGCAAUAUAAGUUGCAAUGAUUACAAAGGAAAUCCCAUCUGUGUCUGUUCUGAAUGCUAUGAAUCCAAUAUGGCCUCCUCGGGAAAUAACAAUCAACUUGGAGAAGGUAUGUCUGAUGACCCACCAGCCUUAGAGGAACUACUUAACCUUGUUAGUUCAAAGGGAAUAAAGUUAUUACACCAGAAUAUCUGUGGUUUGGCUACAAAAUAUCCACACAUCGAAUUUAUUCUCAAAAACUAUAAGGAUAUUCAUAUGUUUACUUUGAGUGAAACGCAUUUGCAUGAAGAAAAUAUUCAAUUAUUGCCGAGUAUUCCUGGGUAUUCAAUGGUCUAUAGAAAUCGGACAAAUGGAAACUUUGGUGGUGUUGCUGCUUUUAUAGCAGACCGAGUUCAAUGGCUGAGAAGACAUGAUUUAGAAAGUCCCCAUUUGGAAUGUCUGUGGAUUGAAGUUUUACUCAAGAAUACCAAAGGUUUCUUGAUUGGGACUCUCUAUAGGCCUCCAAAUGGUUCAAAGUUUUUAUCAAAAGAUUUCCCUGCCUAUUUUGAUGAUAUGCUAACGUCAGUAGCAGCCGAGAAUAAAGAAGUGAUUCUAAUGG